ACAACAAAAAAACAGAAGUUGUAUUGAAAAGGUGAAAAAAAAUGGUGAAAGGAAGUGACGUAUUUAUCCAGAGAAAUUGCGUCAUUUGUUUAUUAUAAGUUGAUGAGAGUGAUUUAUCUCUUGCGAAGAGCGGUUUUCUGUCGUUAAACAGUUUUGUCCUAUUAGAUUGCUUCUGCACCUAAGGUUUCGCACAGGUUCCAAAGAUAUGGAAAGUUGAAUACGUUCUAUCGUUAGGAAGCAAAAGAAGAUUCAAUCAUGGAUGUCAGUGAACCCAUUGUUGACGAAAAAGAAUUAAUUAACAAAUUACGUGAAAAAGUAUCUGAUCUUGAUGUUAGACCAGAGUUUAACGAUGAUGAUGCAUAUUAUAGGAAAUGGUUGAAAGCUAGAAGCUUUAAUUUAGAGAAAGCAGAAGAAAUGUUUAGAAAGGACUCUGCCCCAUCGCAUGCAUCUAAGGUCACCCAGAAAUUCCUAACAGAUCAGCAAGUG